AUGGUUGAAUCGUCAGAGAUGGAUGAGAGGAUUGCAGAUCGGUUGCGGUACCCGGGCAGGAAGCGUGUGUCGGGGUUCGUCGGGGUAUUGACCGGUUUCGGCCGCAGCGGCACGAGGCGCGCGCUGCUUCGCGAGACGUGGUUCCCCGGCACGCCCGAGGAGCACGCGCGAGUGGAAGCAGCAACGGGGCUGGUGUUUCGGUUCAUAGUGGGGCACGGAAGCGUGGAGGACGAGGAGAUGCUGCAGGCGGAGAACAGCACUCACGGGGACUUCUUUCGUGUUGACGUGCAAGAGUCGUACCUCAAUCUAAACCGCAAGAUUCUGCUGUUCUUCACGACGGCCUUCAAGCUCUAUGAAGCCAAGUACUACAUCAAAAUAGACGACGACAUUUUCCUCAUGCCAGAGCGCCUCUCUGCUCUGAUCGCCAAGCCAAGGGCGUCACCUCGAACGUACCUGGGAUGCUUCAAAAAGGGAAAUGUGAUCACUGACCCGAAGAAGAGGUGGUUUGAGCCCCAGGCGUGGCUGCUGGGGGCGGAGUAUCACCUGUAUGCAUCGGCUGCCAUCUACUUGCUCUCCUACGACGUCGUCCAGAUUCUCAACUCCAUCCCCAAGGGCAG